CAAGAUUAAAAAUAAUGACAAUAAUGGCAUUAGUCACCCACACCGCGCGGCCGUGAAAGGUCAGCGCGUGAAACAGGAGAGAGAUGGAGGAGCCAUGCACUCCAAGAGGCACCAGAAGGUCGAAGUUGACCAGAUCACACUCAGCCCAGCCAGAGGAAUGGUGCCUGUCAUCGUCUCCCUAUUCAUCCCGGCGAAAACCGAAGUCACCAGGACGCAGCCUCACAGCAAUUUUCACCCGUCCUGAACGCACAGAGAGAGCUUCCUCAGAAGAUAGCAGAACUUUGUACAGAAGGAAAACCAUCGGCACUUUUUAUGGUGAUCGAAGAUUUACUACAGUGCCAGAGGAUGAGCAUGUAACCUUUGAAACAUGUGUAACAGAAAAAAAGAACCACAAUAUCAGCUUAUCUCUUUUUUCUGAUUUAGAAAAUGCUGAAGUUAAUUACUUGAGUAACAGUUAUAGUGGUUCUUAUGAGCAGAGAGAUUACAAUGGUUCUUAUGAGCAAAGAGAUUACAAUGGUUCGUAUGAACAAAGAGAUUACAAUGGUUUGUAUGAGCAAAGAGAUAACUACAAUGGUUCGUAUGAGCAAAGAGAUAACUACAAUGGUUCUUAUGAGGAUAGAGGUAAUCAUAAUGGCUCCUAUGAACACAGGAACAAUUAUAGUGGGGUUUAUGAACAUGUGAACAGAUUUGACUUAAUGGCUCCUGUUUCAAGGGUUGAAAGUUGUUUGAGGAGAAGAAAUGCAGUGCCUGUUGGGGAGAAAUCAGAUGUUAGCAAGCCUCCAACUCCGAAAAGUUCCCCACUAUUAUGUUCAUUACUAAUGAGAAUUGGUAAACUUUUCUUCUGGUGCUCCAUUAUUGUUUCUGUGGUUGUUUUAGCAAUUUUUAGCCUAUCUACUUUUAUAGUUCACCAAAAGACAGUGUGUGAACAAAGACAGGGUUUGAAAAUACCACUGGAUGCAUUAAGGGAAGAACUCACAUCACAUGUAAUUGGCCAGGACAUUGCCACUAACAUACUUUUAGAUUCACUACAAAAGCUUCAGGAUGACGACUCCUCAGAGCCACUGAUAAUGUGGAUGGUUGGUUGGUCUGGAAGUGGCAAAACGCACACUUUAAACAUUAUAAAAAACCUGUUCCCUGACCCCUCCCAGGUACGCACUUUCAUACCUUCAAUUUUGAUGUUGAAUUCAAAUAAUCUGGAAAAGCAGGUCUCCAAUUUAUUAAAAAAGCUUGAUUCAUGUGGCCCAAGGUUGAUUAUCAUAGAUGGCUGGGAUGACGACAAUGAUAUCUCCAUCAGUGUUCUCCAGACGCUGGUCAAGGAGUUCAAAAAAACUUCAAAGAACAAACCCACAGGAAAAAUUAUUGUUAUUGUAACAGGCACCGAGGGAAGCAGGGAGAUCAACAGAAAGUACCUGAAGCUUCGUGUAGAGGGGAAGGAAAGGGAAGAUCUCCGACUCAACGAUUUUAGGGAAGUGACCCAGGAUAUUGUUACAUCUAGAAAGCUAUAUGAGGAUUUCAGGAGGCUUAUUGUUGUACCUUUUAUGCCUCUAGAGAAAUUGCAAGUACAGCAGUGUGUUCUGCAAGAGCUGAACAAGCUAGAGGAAAAUGUAGAGGAAAAAUUCAGAAAUAGUUUGGCGGGUAAGCAGUCUUCAGUUAUGGAUGAAGUUGUAAAUCAAAUUAACUUUAUUCCAGCUGGGCAGCCCUUACUCUCUGCCACAGGGUGCAAACGUGUCCAACCUCUGCUUAGGUUACUGCUACCAGAAGUAAAGUAAAAGUGGACUCUUUCUUUAUCUGAUAGGAAAUAGUAUAUAUAUUAUCAAUUGUAUUAUGCAUUUUUUUCUUUUUUAGUAUCAUUGUAUUAGUAGUGUUAUAUUUUCAAAAAUGAAAAUAUAAUAGAAAAAUAAUUUAUGGUGAGAUGCAUGAACUGUUACAUUAUUUUAUGGGACAUUACUCAAAGAGACAUAUUAAAGAAUUUUUUAGAAUGUAUGAUCAGUGUAAUCUUAGUUGAGGAAUAAUGUGUGAUGUGAAUAUUUGUCCCAAUUAGCCUUGUCAUGUAUAUUUUUGAGCUUUACAUUGUUCUCACAGCCAGUGCAACAAAAUUGCAUUUAUAAUGAUUUCUGUACCGAACAGGGAUCUGCUUUAAGACAAUUUGUAAGAAAGGUACAAAUACAAACUAAGAAUUUCAGAAGUUACAUCAGAAAAUAAAAUCGAUAAAAACUGUAAGAUGUAAAACUAAAAGAAAUAAUUCCGCCUUGUGAUUGCUAUGCAUUUACACUGUGCUUAUAGAGUUAGGCCACAGGGUUUUGAAAUAAUUUAUUGCUGCAGGGCUUUGAAUUUCCUUAGUUCAGAAGACAACAAAGGAAGGUGCUACUGAUAGGCUGGGUAAAUCGACAAGAUAUUUUAUUUUUGUUUCACCAAUAAAUAGUUAAUAACAUAAGCUGUGAUACCUUUUAUCUGUAAGAAGUGUGUAUUUUUAUCAAAACUCAAGUCAAUGUGAAUAUCUGUUUGUCAGAUUUUAAACAUUGUAAUUUUAUAGUGGAGAAUAAUCGGCCAUACUUUUGAGAUGGUUAUGUGAUUUGCCUCCAAAGUGAAUUUUAGUGCACAAUAUUUUAUAUAUGGAAUAAAAUGUAAAUUUAAAUUUUAA